AUUAAUACAAUUUGAGAGUGAAAAGGAAAGUAAGAGAUGUAAGAAUGUUGACAUUUUGUCCAACAUGUGCCAAUGUUUUAGUGGUUGAAGAAGGACAGAAUUGUUAUCGAUUUGCAUGUAACACGUGUCCAUAUGUUCAAAAUGUUCAAAGAAAGAUAACCUCAAGAAAAUAUCCCAAACUGAAGGAGGUGGAUGACGUUUUAGGGGGAGCAGCAGCAUGGGAAAAUGUAGAUUCUACAGCAGAAACAUGUCCAAAGUGUAGCCAUGAUCGAGCAUUCUUCAUGCAGAUACAGACGAGAUCAGCUGAUGAACCCAUGACCACAUUUUACAAGUGCUGCAACAGGGAAUGUUCUCAUCUGUGGAGAGAUUGAAAAUGUGCAAAAUUUGCAGAUAAUGUCAAACUUCUCACAAAAAUCUAUUGUGUACUGCAAGUAUUCUCACAAAAAUCUAUUGUGUACUGCAAGUUUGUCCUGUCAUCAAGACAAGAAAAUGCUUCAUAGUUUUGAAAAGGAACAUAACUGUGAUUUGUAGCACAUGUAGUAAAAUAAUUUGUCUUUUCCAUGAUACUACAUGUACAAGUGUACAUAUAGAUACAAUUCUGUCAAAUACUUCACCAUUUUCUCACAGACAAGAAGACUGUUAAGAGAAUCAUUAUUUGAAGUUGUUCAUUUAUUGUGUUUCAGUUGGUAAUAAAUUGAAAUACACAUUGCAA